CCCCUCGUUCCGUGCUGCUGUGGCCACCAGCGCAUCCCAGCGUGCGUUCCCCAGGCGGGCGGGCAGCCUUGGCCCCGGCGCCUCCUCUGCGGCAGCCUCGCCUCACCAUUCAGUGCAGUGCCGCAUCGGACGCUCCAGUGGCUGCUCGCUGCCGCGGCCACUCACCUCACCGCCGACCCACGCGCUGCGCCCCAGCUGCCCCUGAGCCUGCAUUGCUGCGGGUGCCACCGCGCGCCCCAAGCUCUGCAACCCUGCGGCGGGCAGCAUGGGAUAACGCGGCCAUGGUGCGCCGAGAUCGCCUCCGCAGGAUGAGGGAGUGGUGGGUCCAGGUGGGGCUCCUGGCUAUGCCCCUGCUUGCUGCCUACUUACACAUCCCACCCCCUCAGCUCUCUCCUGCUCUGCACUCAUGGAAGACUUCUGGCAAGUUUUUCACCUAUAAGGGACUGCGCAUCUUCUACCAAGACUCUGUGGGUGUGGUUGGAAGUCCUGAGAUAGUUGUGCUUUUACAUGGCUUUCCAACUUCCAGCUAUGAUUGGUACAAGAUUUGGGAAGGUCUGACCCUGAGGUUUCAUCGAGUGAUUGCCCUUGAUUUCUUAGGCUUUGGCUUCAGUGACAAACCAAGGCCACAUCACUAUUCCAUAUUUGAGCAAGCCAGCAUCGUGGAGGCACUUUUGCGGCAUCUGGGACUCCAAAACCGCAGGAUCAACCUAUUGUCUCACGAUUAUGGAGAUAUUGUUGCUCAGGAGCUGCUGUAUAGGUACAAGCAGAAUCGGUCUGGUCGGCUUACCAUAAAGAGUCUCUGUCUGUCAAACGGAGGUAUCUUUCCUGAGACGCACCGUCCUCUCCUUCUCCAAAAGCUACUCAAAGAUGGAGGCGUGCUCUCACCCAUCCUCACAAGGCUGAUGAACUUCUUUGUAUUCUCUCGAGGUCUCACCCCAGUCUUUGGACCAUAUACCCGACCCUCUGAGAGUGAGCUAUGGGACAUGUGGGCAGGGAUCCGCAACAAUGAUGGGAACUUGGUCAUAGACAGCCUCUUACAGUACAUCAAUCAGAGGAAGAAGUUUAGAAGACGCUGGGUGGGAGCUCUUGCCUCUGUAACUAUUCCCAUUCAUUUUAUCUAUGGGCCAAUGGAUCCUAUAAAUCCCUAUCCAGAGUUUUUGGAGCUGUACAGGAAAACGCUGCCGAGGUCCACAGUGUCGAUUCUGGAUGACCACAUUAGCCACUACCCACAGCUAGAGGAUCCCAUGGGCUUCUUGAAUGCAUAUAUGGGCUUCAUCAACUCCUUCUGAGCUGGAAAGAGUAGCUUCCCUGUGUUACCUCUCCCACUCCUGUAUCUGUUGUGUUUUCCACUUAGGAAGAAAUGCCCAAAAGAGGUCCUGGCAAUUGAAUACUGUUCUCACAAAAGUCCAUUUUACUCACAUUGGUGAACAGAAUCUAGAAAAAAGGUAGCAAAAGCUCUAAGGGUGACAUAAUAGUCCACCUCCUGUUCCUUUGACAUCUGAUCAAGGGUAUGGACUUACCUUUGUAUUUUAGGAAAUUCUGGUGAGCACUCCUUCUCAUUGACUCAGAAAGACAGGCAGUAGACAUUCUUCUGCAUAAAAGACUUUUUUUUUUUGGUACCGGGGAUCGAACUUGGGACCUUCCACUUGUGAGCCAGGCGGCGGAACCACUGAGCUAAAUCCCCGGCCCCUAUAAAAGACUUUUUAACACUUCUGUGAACUUUUAUGAAAUACUUAAAAAUGAUAAUUUCCCAUUUGGAAUCCUACAGUAGAAAAAUGAGGAGAGGGGGCCUGCUUACCUCUCCUUGAAUGGCUUUAAGGGCACAUAGUUUUUUUAAAGUUCUCUAACACAGCUUCAGUGAGAGUGAGAGUGAAUCUCCCUUGUCAUAACUUUGGAUUUAGUUUUAUCAGCUGCUUCUAAUUUUAGAUAUUUUGUUAAAAUAGAUAUUGUUAACAAUACAGUAUUUUGAGUACGCUUCUAGGCUAUGAUUUGCCUACAGAUUAUAUAUAAGGAUACUUAACCAGCAGACCCUUACUCUGCCACAAUAGUGAACCUUAUUACUAUGUAUAAUUUCUUAAUAAACUGAGCUAAAUCCAAACUAUUUAUAGACUUUCCUAAAAUCACAGGACAUGAAGGACCAAUUGCAUUCAUUAUAUUCCAGAUUUACUAUUAUUACCUAGAAAGACCAAUUCUAACAGUGCAUAACAUUCUGACUCAUCAUACCUCAGUGCUUUAGAAGCAUGUCCCUCCUGAGCCUAACUGGAGUAGAGGGAGAGGACUGUUGUGUAGUCCAGUUCCCAUGCUGAAUAUGCACUCUUCUUGUGAUGAUCGCUUAGCUUCCAUUGGCUGUCCCAGAGAGGCUUUCUCAUGUAGCUCAGCUAUUCCUGUCCUUUAUAGACAGGAAAGUUCCCAGAUACUUUUAAGAACAAACUGUGAAAGACCUAUAAGCAAAUGGUGCUGAAUACUUUUUUAAAGCUACAGUUUCACUGUCUUAGUCAAAGCAGGAUUAUUAAGUGAUUAAAAUUUUUUAAAAAAAAUUAGUUACUUCAAGUAUAACAACUUUUAAACUG